AGUUAUUUUUCAUGUAAGAUAAAUGAGAUGGAAAGCAGUGUUAUAAAAGUAAGAGAAGGAAAAUGGAGGGGUCGUUAUCUUAUUGCUAAAACAAUACGGGUAAAAGAAAGCUUAGUUUAAUUGGGAAAGUGUAAGGCAAAAAAGUCGACUAUAUGUCAGAUUGGCGUGCGUAUCACUGUACCAAAUGCUUAGAAGAAAGAGGGUAUAAUUAGAGUUUUGAGUAUGAUGAUUCUUUACACCUUUAUUUGCUCAAAAAAGAAGCCAACCUCACUUUCCAGUUUCAAGCAUACACAGCAAAAAAGGAGCUAAAUACAGCUAUUUUGUGAAUUAGUAGGGAGAGUAAUUUUCUUCAUAAUCUGUACUGGUAAUUACAUAAAAGUGGGGACAGUGGUGCUGAUUCUAAAGAGAUUGAUAAGUUUGUUUUGGGAACAUUGUGAGAUUGGGUUUUAGUGAAUACACGGGGUUGCUUUGGAGGCUAGCAAAAGUUUAGGGACAAGUCAUCUCUUUUAUGGUCCUUCAAAUUCAUUGGUGAGAGAGGAUUAUUGAGUAGAGGAAUGUGGAUUCUGGUGUUUGCUUUUCCAGGGAAGGCAAAGGAAGUUGUUUAAAUAUUUAGUAGUACUAAGAGUGGAGGAAUAAACAAUUAGAGAAAGGGCGGUGGCCUCUGGUUUUGAGAGCUAAAAAUUUGCAUAUUUUGAGGUAUUAAGUCGGUUGGUUGUAUGUCUUGGAUUGGCAUUUUUGGUUGGUUGUGGUUGAGCUUACAACUAGAAUUAGUAAAGAAGCCAACGCUCCUUAUUGAAAGCUUGUGAAUUUUGGAAAUAUAGACACUUCUGUGUUGCCCUUUACUUUUUCCUUACACAAAGAUGAAGUUUAUGAAACUUGGAUCCAAGCCUGAUCAAUUUCAGACAGAAGGAGAUAAUAUCAGGUAUGUAGCAACUGAAUUGGCGACAGACAUGGUCAUCAAUGUUGGAGAUGUAAAAUUUUAUCUCCACAAGUUCCCCCUUCUAUCCAAGAGUUUUCGCUUGCAGAAGUUGACAGCACAUACAAAUGAGGAAAGCAAUGAUGAAAUCAACAUCGACGAUAUACCUGGUGGACCUGAAGCGUUUGAAAUAUGUGCAAAGUUCUGUUAUGGUAUGACAGUAACUCUGAAUGCGUAUAAUGUGAUUGCGGCUCGUUGUGCAGCGGAAUACCUGGAAAUGUAUGAAACUGUCGAGAAGGGUAACCUUAUUUACAAGAUUGAGGUUUUUCUUACAUCUAGCAUCUUCCGUAGUUGGAAAGAUUCAAUCAUUGUUCUCCAAACAACAAAAUCCUUUCUUCCCUGGUCCGAGGAAUUAAAAAUUGUUAGUCAUUGUCUAGACUCUGUUGCAUCUAAAGCUUACAUCGAAACCUCAAAGGUGGACUGGUCUUAUACAUAUAACCGCAAAAAGCUUCCAUCUGAAAAUGGAAGUGAUCCGCUAUGGAAUGGUGUGAAAAAGCAACCUUAUGUCCCAAGAGACUGGUGGGUCGAGGACCUUUCUGAACUUCAUAUUGACUUGUAUAAACGGGUUAUCACUUCAAUAAAAACAAAGGGAGGAAUGUCUCCAGAAGUAAUAGGUGAAGCAUUGAGAGCGUAUGCCUACAGAAGGCUACCGGGAUUCAGCAAGGGUACAAUCCAAGGAAGUGAUCCUGCUAAGUAUCAGUACUUGGUUGAUGUGAUUACUUCUCUGUUGCCCGCAGAGAAACGUAGUGUUUCCUGUAGUUUCUUGGUCAGAUUGUUACAGACGUCUAUUUCUUUGGAAUGUGGAGAAACAGUAAGAAGUGAACUGAAGAGGAGGAUCGGCCUGCAGCUGGACGAGGCAUCGGUAGCUGACCUCCUCCUUCGAGCACCAGCUAAUGAAACUAUUACAUACGAUAUUGACAUAGUACAUGAGCUUGUUCAGCAGUUCAUGCUGCAGAAAAGGAGCGGUCAGAGUGAUUUUCCUGAUGAUAAUGAAUUUCAGGAGAUGUACCCUGCAUUUGCAUCGGAAGCUUCGAAGGUUAAGGUGGCAAGGGUGAUUGAUGGUUACCUUGCUGAAGUUUCUCGAGAUCCAAAUCUACCUUUGGCGAAAUUUGUCAAUCUUGCUGAAAUGGUGUCCGGCUUACUGAGACCUUCCCAUGAUGGAAUUUACCGUGCUAUUGACAUGUAUCUAAAGGAACAUCCUGGGAUCACCAAGAGUGAAAGAAAAAGAAUUUGUAAGCUAAUGGAUUGCCGGAAGCUAUCACCUGAGGCCUGCAUGCAUGCUGUGCAGAACGAGCGCCUUCCUUUGAGAGUAGUUGUACAAGUUCUGUUCUUUGAGCAAACCAGAGCGACAACAUCAUCUGGUGGUGGCAGCACACCGGAUCGAGCUGGAACAAUUAAGGCUUUGCUUCCAGGUGAAUCCCACGGGAGCUCAAGAUCUGCUACAACAAACACAGACGAGGACUGGGACGCGGUCCCCACUGCUGAGGAGCUUAAAGCUUUGAAAGGGGAGCUUGCUAUGCUAAGGUUGAGGGACAAGGAUACUAAUUCAAUAGACAUGAAAAUGGGUGCCGAAAAAGUUGGAGGUGGCAAAGCGAAGGGUUUAGUCAUGUCCAAGAAGAUUUUCUCAAAACUGUGGUCCAACAAAGAUAGACUAAGUGAGAACAGCAGCUCGGAUACAUCAGAAAGCCCGGGAUCUUCCAAUGCCGGGGAAUCAAAGUCCACCCCAUCAAGAAGUAGGAGGCAUUCACUGUCUUAAUGUUAGUUGCAGCUUAACCAAUUUCUCAUAAGUUUAUUUAAAAGUUCCAUCCCGCGUUUGAUGCUAGGAUUGGAAGAAGUUAAAGUCUGUCCCUAACCCUUGAAGUGGUAGGGAGAAUUCCCCCUAAAUGUUUUGAGCAUUUUGAAGAAUGUAUUUGCAAGGUUAGAUCAGCUUGGGAAUGAAUUGGAUCCUCUAGUUUGAUAUUUUUUCCAUUGUACUCAAUUGUUCCCAAAGAGAAAUAUAGGUUCUCUUUUUACAAGAUUGGAAUUGGUUUUAGACCAUAAGCACAGAGUCUUUAUGAUUAAGUGUGAGAUCCAAAUUGCUUGGACUUUGCAUUCA